AUUGAUGAAUGUAAUUUUCUUGUUACAUAUGCCUUCUAAAUAUUAAUAAAAUGGAAAAUAUCAAAAGAGCUUGAGCUCAAAGUUUAAAUAAAUAUUCAGUUACGAUAAAUACGUUCGAUAAUUAAAUGUACCCUGAAUUAAUGUGAUGUUAACUGUGUGUGAUGGCGGAUAAAGAGUUAGUAAGCCAUCAGCAGCAGUUUGUAGAAGAAAUUAAUUAUGAUGAGAUUGAAACCGAGCAGGUAGUGGGAAAAGGUUCUUUUGGAGUAGUAUGGAAAGGAAAAUGGAAAGGUCAAUAUGUUGCUAUAAAAUAUAUAAAUUCAGAAGGUGAAAAAAAAGCCUUUACUGUAGAAGUUAGGCAAUUAUCUAGAGUUAUACAUCCCAAUAUCGUAAAACUUUACGGUGCAUGUACAAAAAAUCCAGUUUGUCUAGUUAUGGAAUAUGCAGAAGGUGGCUCUUUAUAUAAUGUUUUACAUUGUAAUCCUCAACCACAAUAUACUGCAGGUCAUGCAAUGAGUUGGGCUUUGCAAUGUGCACGUGGUGUUGCAUAUCUUCAUAAUAUGAAACCAAAACCUUUAAUUCAUAGAGACUUAAAACCACCAAAUUUGUUGUUGGUAAUGGGUGGACAAACUCUUAAAAUUUGUGAUUUUGGUACUGCUUGUGAUUUAAAUACUUAUAUGACUAACAACAAAGGUUCUGCUGCUUGGAUGGCUCCAGAAGUAUUUGAAGGUUCCAGAUAUACAGAAAAGUGUGAUGUAUUUAGUUGGGGUGUUAUUUUAUGGGAAAUAUUAUCAAGGAAAAAACCAUUUGAUGAAAUUGGUGGUUCAGCUUAUAGAAUAAUGUGGGCAGUACAUAUAGGACAAAGACCUCCUUUAAUUGAAGGUUGUCCAAAACCUCUUGAGGAUCUUAUGACUAGAUGUUGGCAUAAAUCUCCCGAAGAAAGACCAUCAAUGGACGAAGUUGUAGAAAUAAUGACGACUUUAUCGCAAUUUUUUAGUGAACAUUUGGAACCUGUGGAGUAUUCCCGAAAUAUUGAAUCAGAGAAAGUUAAUGAAAAUCAUAUUUCUAAAGAUGAUACUUUAGAUGUAAACAAAGGAAGUAUGGAUUCUGAAAUAAAUGGAUAUGCUGCCAAUGGUACUAUUAAAAUUAAUGUACCUGUUUCCAAAGAAAAUUCAGAAAUUUUAAAUGGAAGAAACAGUUCAUCAAAUUCCUUCUGCGAUUUCAGGGAUUUAUCUCCUAAAAAUAAUAUUUCAUCAAGUAUUGUAUCCAACAAAAAAUUCCAAAUCAAAGAUUUUCCACAACUUUAUGUUGAAUGCGAUCCGAAUGCUUGGGAAUUGCCAAAUUCGGACUCUUCAUUGGAAUCUUCUAUUCUGAAGAUAAAGAAUACUACUCAAAGUAAUAGUACUACUGAUAAAGAUUUAGAUAAUGUUUACCGACUUUUGGAUGCGGAUUUGAGACCAUUGACACCUGAUCAAACUUGCGAAAGAUCAAAAGAAAUUUUUGAGGAGCACAAACAACUUGCGCAAGAAUAUUUGAAAGUUCAAACGGAAAUAGCGCUCUUGGGUCAACAUAAAAAUGAAAUGCUUAAAAAUUUGACAAUAGAUAGUUUAAGACAGCAAGAAGAACUUAGAAAAUUAGAAGAUGAAAAAGAAUCUCUAAUAAAGCUAUAUCGAAAUUUGAAACGACAAUUAGAAAUCAUGAAAAAUCAGAGAAUGAACAAUGUCCUUUUGAGCAAUGCUCAAAUGGAUCCAACAGUUUCUGGAAAUAAUGGCUGGUUUGUAGUACCUUGUCAAAAUCCUUCAAGACACUCUUGAAUAUUUAAAUU